GAAGAUGACAGACUAGCUAGUUACAAAAAAUCCUUAUCAAAAUGGAGAAGAACAAGAGUCCCGGGAGGGGGUGAUGAUUUGGAGCUGGUUUUGCAGUACCCAUAUGCCAAAAACGUGAUAUACUUGGCGAUUGGAAAUGACUCCGUUGAUGUCGUGUCUACAUUGCUUUCCCGACAUGAUGUCAAAAAUACGACUGUGCUGCUUCAUGACGUUCUAAGAAUCUGAAAAUCUUGCCCUUCGUUGUCACGAACAUCGAAAUUUAAUGACUUGAUAGUAAAAUGAAGAUUGUCGAAGACAUGCGUUCCUGCGGCAGUCCCUCAGAUCUUCUUUGUGCGAGAUUUAUUGCGUUGAAUGAAUGGAUGAAUGAAUGAAUUGCGUUGUAUUGUCUUGUAUUGUAUUGUAUUGCAUUGUAUUGCAUUGUAUUGCAUUUUGCCUUCCAUCUUAGGGGUGUCGAGCUAAGGCCCUGAGUCUUUCUCACUCUUUGGGUGUGAUGGGGUUUUGAGUCCUUUCCAUCCUUUGGGUGUGAUGGGGUUUUGAGUCCUUUCCAUCCUCUGGGUGUGAUGGGGUUUUGAGUCGGUAGCCGACGUGGUUCGGAUGAUAAUAAGAUGCGUGUCUGCUUCGGAUUGCUAUCGGCGCACUUUCUCCCAUUUAUGAAGGAGGGUGUCCAUACUCUUCCUCCUGGUACUACUACUACUCUGACUACGAAGUACCCUACUAUUACUAGUACCCUACAACUACUAAUAGAUACUACUAGUACCCUACUGCUACUACCAGUAAGUACCCACCUACUACUACUAGUAAGUACAAGUGAGGACCCUCAAAAAUCCUAAAAAAACUGUCUCUAACCUUUGCUAUGGAAUCACUCGGCGGCAAGAGCAGAAGGUUGUCAUCGACUGGGAUGGCGAGGUCAGGAAUGCACAAGAAACACCCAAGGAUGCUGAAGAAACUACGCAAGUGGGCAGUGGUAUUCAUUAUAAGCGUAAAUAUUUAUAUUACUAUAAUUUCUUUUUUAGUAUUACCUCUCCGUUGGUCAAGAUCGUAAUCCUUGAAAUGUCACAAAGAUUCACAAAGAUCAGACGGAUGAAAAUCACCAAAAUGACCAAGAGGGACCGCCAGGCGAACAAGGACGACCAAGAUCGCCAGGCGAACAAGGUGCCCACCGGCACCACUUUCAACGCGUUGGCCUUAGUUGGCGCGGGUGUCGGCGGUUUCUCCUCUCUCUCUCGUUUGUGGCUCAAGCCUCCCAACACAGUCAAGGACAAAGCACAACCGGAAAGAUCUCAGAGGAAACCGGCAGGCCUAAAUGCAUAUGGUGCCGAAAUCAGUGAUCAACAGACAAAGGACCCCCGGCGUAUUCUGAUAGCAGAAAUAACGAAUGGGAGCAGCUGUAAUCAGUUCGUAACGUCUUGUCAGUUCUGAUCAAUGACGAGCAUCAGUGUAGGAUGAACGUACGAAAUCAAUGAUGAUAGCAUAGGCGUUCCCAUAUGAAGCCCGUGGAGCUUUCCUCGUCAUGAUAUCCCAAUGAAGAAGCUGAGACUUCCUCCUUGCAACCCCAAUGAACACUAUCAGGGAGCAAACCAGCCAGAGACCAUUUGUCUCAGGCUGUGAGCUCAAUUUGCAUCAAGUUCAGAGUUUCUCACCGAGAAACUGCGCGUGACUUCGCAGUCUGUGUUCGAGUGGUCCAGCGCUCUCACCUUUACAGCGUCCUUUUUCGUGCUUCUCUUAGCUAGGGCUCUGCAACAACUAUAAUUUCGAUUCCUACUAGACGAUACACGUUCGGAAUUCAUCGUUUUCACGGAGAAGUUAUGAACGUAAAUAUCUAUGAUUCCUGCUCAAAAACAGUAGCAAUACAUUUCGUCGAGACUUAUCGUUUUUAUGUUGAGGGAGGGGAAUACCAUGUUUCAGAAAGGUGAAUGUAAACUUUUUGUUUCGUGUCAGUUAUUUUUACAUCAAAAUGAAUCAUCUUUAGGUGUGUCGAAAGCCGUCAAAGUCGUUGAGUUAGGAACUGAAAAAGGUGAGUUGGCGGAGAAAACAGAUACCCUGCCGCUGCAGAAAUUGCCUUAAGGCCAUCCAUGGUUUUUUUCUAACAGACUAUAAAUAAGCUUUUUGAACGGUCGGAUUCUUUUGCUUACAUAUGCAUGAGAUUCCCAUACUAGAUAGCAAUUCAUCAAGGAUCUUCUACUAGGUAAAAUUUUCACAGAUGAGCCUUGUUGGAGUAUACCUAAGGGAGCCGUAAUAUCUGACUAGGUGCUAUGGGUAUCUGAUCAUCACUAUGAAUUAGAGCACCCUCUAACUACAAGCUGCACACGAAACCGAAUUGGCGGAGACGAAGUCCGAGGAGCAGGAGCCUGAAGGCAGCUCUUUUUUGUCCAUCGGAGCGAAGAUACACAGCUUUUGGAACAAGUUUAGUAUCGAAUAUCAAAUAUCCUCGUCAGUGUGUUUAUGAGUCGACCUAGGGAUAGGAGUAGGAAACCGCUGAAGCUAGCAUAUGAUAUUGAAGCUAUGAGUUGUGAUAGUUGCAGUUUGUUGUAGUAGAACUCAUGCGACGUGCUAGACACUAUGUCAUUGUUUUACUCAUCACCAUCAUUCCCAAUAUCUUUCUUUGAGGUCCUCGGUUUUCAUCCAAUUCCGGUUCCAGCGAUGGAAAUCGCCUAGACAGCACUGCGGCGACAAAUUACGGUUCUCAAAGAUAA